AUGAUAGCGAUCCCAAGCACUUUUUACUGGCUUGGUGGCAUAGUGAGUGGUGUGGGUCUUAUUUACGGAAUACAAUACAUAUACAAUCAAAGAGCGAAACGCGUCGAUAAGUCGUCGAAAAGGGAGAUUGAUCACGAGAGUUCAAACUUAAUAAACCUUCUUUACUCGAUUGCUGACGAUCAAGCGAGAAGAGGCAUGCAAGGCUAUGUCCACCGUGGAAUAAAAUGCAAUAAUUGUGACAUGAACCCGAUUAGGGGAAUCCGGUACAAGUGCGUCAAUUGCUCCGACUAUGAUCUUUGUGAGGAAUGUGAACAAAAAGACGAUGCACAUUAUAAACUUCACACUUUCUUGAAGAUAAAAAUUCCCAUUCCGUCAUUGACUAAUCCUAGACAAGCGCUACUCAGCGUAUUUUACCCAGGUGUGGGUCAGGUUUCGCGUGUCAGCGUGCAUAAGCUACGAGAUCUAGUGAAGGAAACUCGGUUCAAAAAGACAGAAAUUGACGCGCUUUAUGAUCAAUUCAUAUCUUUGAUGAGUGUUCAGGAUGGUCAAGACGGGAUAGAUCGUUCUACAUUCGGGUACUGCUUAGGACCGUUGGGUAUCGAAAAGAAUUUACUCACAGAACGAUUGUGGAAAUUCUUUGAUAAGGAUGGAGAUGGACUAAUUAGUUUCAGUGAGAUGGUCUGUGGUCUUUCAGUGUUUUGCAAGGGAAGCGAUGAAGAUAAGAUAAAAUGCGCGUUCAUGGGUUAUGAUUUGGAUGGCGAUGGGUUGAUUAGCAAAGAUGAAAUGCGUAAAAUUUUUAAAGCAUAUAUUGAACUUAAUUAUGCACUCACUAAGGAUGUGUUAUCGUCAAUCUCGUCUAUUGAGGAAAUUGACAUAUCAGCGUCGGCGAAUAGACCCUUGUCAACGUUGUUUGAAAUACCUCCUGAUAGUGAGAUUCAACGUUCAAACGAGAAAACACCUGAUGAUGAGAAUAAUUCAACAAUAUCGUGGCAAGAGUCAAACUUACCGGUAAUAGAGUUGUUGACUGAGGAAGCCCUCGAAGAGAUAAUCGAUAAAAUAUUUAAAGAUGUCAAUACGUACAGCAACGGAUUCAUUUCGUAUGAGGAGUUCAGAGAAUACUCGCAGUCAUUCGACAUGUCGCUGGUAGAUUGGUUUAUUGCUUUAGGCAGGUUAGUGAAAUGGGUUUUCCUUGUCUCCUUUAGUGAUGAUUUCGCACCUAUAAUAAUCCGAAUUCCAAAUAUUUCAGCAUAUUCUAAAUUGUCAAAUGGAGUGCCAGAUACGAAAGCCGAGUCUAUUUAA